AUGGAUUCGUUGAUUCAUGGAGAUGCUAAGAUUUACCCGUCCAAGAGUCCAUGGCUUCCACCUUCCCCCGGCCUGAAAGGGGCGCCGGCGGCCCGCUGCCCAGAGUCCCAUAUUCCGCUUCCGCCGCCGCUGCACCGCACCUGGAAGCCGGGCUCCGUGCAGCCGACUGUGCGAGCCGCCACGGCGGACGGCAUCGGUGCGGAGGUCGUGCCCAAGUGCCCAACCGGUGGCCUCUUCUGUUUGGUUAAUGUUCUAAUAGUGUCAUACCUCUUCCAGAUGAGUAGCAUGUCGUGUUAUACCCUGGCAGAAGGUGGAAGCAUCUUCCCAUCUGGCGACGAACUCGCCGGGAAUCAAAAGACAGAGCAAGGAAAUUACUGGACACAAUGGAAUUCAAGGCUAUCUGAUGAUUUGAACACAACAAGCCUAUACUCAGACGAGCAUGAGAAUGGCAUCGAGCAAUGUUUCGACGACGCCGAGGAACAUGAGAGGAGCAGCCAACAGGAGAGGUCUUCAGCAUGUCCCAGAGUUGCAUCUUCAGAUUGCAGCACAGGGCCUUCAGAAGAACAUUCUGAGGGGCCAGCGCCGUUGGAACUACAACACUCCAAGGAAACAAACGACAUCUUCUUGAGUCAAUUUUCAGAUGAUGAAAUGAGGAUGAUGGAUGCGCCGUUUCAGGCACUUGAUAUGUUCCCUGGCUCCAUGCACAGGCUGCUGUCCUAUGAGAACAUGCUGAGUGGAGUAUUGACUGAUUCUCAAAAUCAAGAAACAAAUCCGGGUCAUAAUGAAAUGGACACCAUGGAUACUUGCGGCUUUCCUUUGUUCAGCCAUGACUUGCAAAAUGAUCCUAGCAGCGCUGAUGGCAGCUUACAAACACUACUGAGUGCCUCCCAGGACAAGGCUGAGGUGAGCACCAUGAAGAGGAGUAGAUCAGUGGCCGAUAUAGAGAGCUCCUCCAACGGGGAAGUAGCAGUGCUUGAGGAACUUGAAGAUGUCAUGUUUCAGCUGACAAAGAAGACACGUGUAUGCCUCCGUGACGCUUUCUACAGGCUGGCUGAAAGCUCGGAAGCGCAGUGCACUGCUGUAAAUGGACGAACACUGACGUGCUCAAACGAGCAAAGUUUUCAGCAAUCAGAGGGCACCGAAUCUAGCACCUCGACAUCAGACCGUGCAGAACGGGAGACGAACGCGAUAGACAGAACCGUGGCAAUCCUUGCGUUCAAGCCGGCUUGCUCAGCUGCAUGGGAAUGA